CCCGUCCCUUGUCCGUGUUCCGCUCCUCCUGUCCCGGGCGGGCAUGGCGGACGAGGGCGCCGUCACGGUCUGCGUGCGUGUGCGGCCGCUCAUCGCCAGAGAGAAUGCCUCAGGAGAUAAAGUGACCCUGCACUGGAGAAGUGAGAAUAAUACCGUUUCCGACGUGAAUGGUACCAAAAUAUUUAGUUACGAUCAUGUCUUUCACUCAAGCGACAACACUCAGCAGUUGUACGAUGGUGUAGCUGUUCCAAUUAUACAGUCAGCUGUGCAAGGCUAUAAUGGCACAAUUUUUGCUUACGGACAGACUGCUUCAGGGAAAACUUACACAAUGAUGGGGAAUGAAGAUUCCAUGGGCAUUAUCCCUAAGGCAAUUCAACAUGUGUUCAAAAUUAUUUGUGAGAUUCCAGAUAGAGAAUUUCUGCUGAGGGUUUCUUACAUGGAAAUCUACAAUGAAACAAUUACUGAUUUGCUUUGCGAUAAUAGGAAAAAGAAGCCUCUGGGAAUUCGUGAAGAUGUUAAUAGGAAUACUUAUGUAGAAGAUCUGAUUGAAGAAGUGGUGGUUUCCCCAGCACAAGUUAUGGAAUGGAUCAGAAAAGGAGAAAGGAAUCGCCAUUAUGGAGAAACAAAAAUGAAUGAACACAGCAGCCGUUCUCACACCAUCUUCAGAAUGAUCAUUGAAAGCAGAGAACGAAGUGACCCUGCAAAUGCAAACUGUGAUGGAGCAGUCAUGGUUUCCCACUUGAACUUGGUAGAUCUGGCAGGCAGCGAAAGAGCUAGUCAAACAGGAUCUGAAGGUGUUCGACUGAAAGAAGGCUGCAAUAUAAAUCGGAGCUUGUUCAUUCUAAGUCAAGUUAUCAAAAAACUUUGUGAUGACCCUUCUGGCUUCAUAAAUUACAGAGACAGCAAGCUGACUCGAAUUCUGCAGAACUCCCUUGGAGGAAAUGCUAAAACAGUUAUUAUUUGUACAAUUACUCCUGUUUCUUUUGAUGAGACACUCAGCACUCUUCAGUUUGCCAAUACAGCCAAAGGAAUGAAGAAUACACCAAAAGUCAAUGAAGUACUUGAUGAUGACGCCCUCCUGAAGAGAUACCGCAAAGAAAUUCUGGAUUUGAAAAAGCAGCUGGAGGAAGUGUCUUCAAAAACUCAGAUUCAUGCAAUGGAAAAAGACCAAUUGGCCCAACUCUUGGAAGAAAAGAAUUCCCUUCAAAAAGUACAGGAGGACAGAAUACGAAACUUAACUGAGAUGCUGGUGACUUCUGCUUCCUUUUCCUCAAAACAGAAUGCCAAAGGCAAGAGAAGAAGAAGAGUUACUUGGGCUCCUGGUAAAAUAAACCAGGCAAGCAUGAGCUUUUUUGAAGACUUUGAAAAUGCAAUGCCAACUGAAACAAAAAAAAUGAAGUUGUCUCUGCCAGCAGUACCAGAUGUGGAGGAUUCUACCUUAGAGAAUUCUGAGUAUGAAAGCACUUGCCUGCUGCCUCCUGAUCAAAUUUCAGAAGUAGAAUGGAUUGCUGGUCCUAACAUGAAUUGGACCCAGAAAGACUUCGAAGAAUCUGUGCAACUCUGUGAAGCAUUAGCACUAGAAAAGGAUAUUGCUGUAAAUGAGGUCAACGUCCUGCAAGCUAACUUCGAUAACCUAGUGGUGGAAAAUGAGCAGUUGAAAUCAGAAAUAAAUGAAAUGAAAGAGAAACUGAAGGAAAAAACAGAAAUAGAUGAAUUUGAAGCACUGGAAAAGCAAACACAAAAAGAUCAUGAGAUUCAACUAAUGCAUGAAAUUGCCAACUUAAAGAAUCUAGUUUCAAAUGCUGAAGUGUACAAUGAGGAACUUGAGGCAGAAAUAAAUUCCAAACUGGAACAGCUAAAAGAGAAAGAGAACAAAAUAAAAAUAUUACAGAAUCGUGUGGAAGAAUUGCAAAAAGCAGGAGCGGGAAAAAAGGAGACAUCUUUUUCAAUGGGAGAUUCUGAUAAACUAAUUGAAGAAAUUCAGCAGCUGAAUAAAUCCCUCUUGGACAGUGAAGCCAUAGCCUUGGACGCCAAAAAGGAAUCUGCUUUUCUCAGAAGUGAAAAUUUGGAGUUGAAGGAGAAGAUGAAUGACAUCUUAAACAACCACAGCCAAAUGGAAAAGGAUGUUCAAUUAUAUCAAAGCCAAAUAGAAGCAGGAAAAGCCAGUUACCGAAAAAUGCAAACUGACUUGCAGAGAGAGCUGCAAUCUUUAUUUCAAGAAAAUGCAAGACUAACUUCACUGAUGGAGGGCAAGGUUCCAAAAGAUUUGCUUUCUCAUGUGGAACUGGAAAAAAAGGCAGCUGACUUAAAAGGAGAACUAGAAAAUGCUUUGAAAGAGAAUGCGUUUCUACAAAAACGAGUAAAUGAGCUAUCAGAAUUUCAGUCUCUACCAAAUACUGUGGAGAUGCAAAAGAAAGAGAUUCUUGAAAAAUGUGAGGAGUUACGCUUAUUAAAACUGGAAAACGCAAAACUGCUUUCUGAAGUAGCUGAUAAUGAAAUGAGACUUAAACAUAUGUCUGAAGAAAUUGAAAAAUCAAAAGACAGUCUCACAGAUGCACAACUGAAAUAUCUGAAGUCUGAUGAGGAAUACGUAGCACUUAAACAGCUCCAUGAAGAAAUAGAACAAAAAUACAUAGCUGCAUCAGAAACCAAUGAACAAAUGAAGCUCCAAAUAGAAUACCUAUCUAAAGAAGCACAAGAGUCUAAAAUAAUUUUGGAUGAAGUGAAAGUAGAGCUCUCUAUCAAAAUGAAAGAACUGGAAGAAAAAACAGCAGAGCAAAAACAACUUCUGGAGUUAAGAGAAGAUCUUAUUCAAACUCAGCAGAAGUUAAAUGAAAUGGAGCAAUUAAAAGAGGAAGAAAGGAUUAGUGAAGUGAGACGGGAGGCUGAAGAUUUGGAGAUCCAGGCAGUCUUGCAGCAGCUUACAGAAUGUCAGGAAGAAAUAAAAACUCUAAACCAGGAAAGAGAUGACUUGAAACAAAAAGGGGAGUCUCUCCAAGCUGAGAUAGAGCAACUCAGAGAGGAUAUGAAGGACACUGUUUCAAUGAACAUCUUGGCACAGGAAGAUCUGAGAAAUACACAAAACUCUCUGAAGGAAUCCCAGAACACUGUCAAGAAGUUGGAAAAAAGUAUUUCUGAAAAAGAAUCUCAGAUUCUGAGUGUUGAAGAGGCAUUAGGGAAAACCAUUAAAGAACUCCAAAUACAGAUCUCAAAAAUGACCGAAGAAAUGAAAAUCAUCACAUCAGAGAGAGAUCAGCUUGCUGAGGAGAAAUCAGAAAGUAAUAGCUGUAGAGAAAGUGAUCAGCUUCAGGUGCAAAAGGAGCAAAUCCUUUUCCUUACACAAGAGAACCGUUCAUUGCAGGAGAAGCUGGACAGUCUACUUUUGAAAACAGAAGAAUUAGGGGAAGGAACCUUGAUACCACAGAUUCAAGGGCAAUCUAUGGAGCAAGAGUUAUUCCUUCUGAGAGAAGAGCUGAGCCAGGCACAAAGGAAACUGCAUGAAAUGGAGGAAGCCAAGGCCAGUGAAUAUCAAGGAGAAUCUGAAAAAAUGGAAAGAACAGAUGUUAUUCCAAAAGCGCCUAAGUCCCAGGAAGUCAGCAUCCAGACAAAAAGUGAUGAUGAUGAUUUUAAAAUGCAACUGGUAAAUCUCCAGAAUGAGAGAGACCAGCUAAGAGAAACUCUACAGGAGACAAUGAGCAAGAACUCGGAGAUGCAGGAGGAGUUGAGAUGUACUCGUGAAUCUCUUGGACAACAUCAGGAGAUGAUUGUGGAGCUGCAAGGAAGUAUUUCAGAGAAAGAAAAUCAGCUCUCAAAGGUGCAAGAGGCAUUGAAGGAAAGGACUGAUGAACUGCAGCAGAAGCUCACUGCAGUCACUGAAAACCUGACUCGUGUCUCAGCGGAGUAUGGCAACCUCCUGGCAGAAAAGGAACAAACUGAAAGGACGGUGAAUGAGCAAGUGUGUCAGCAGCUUGAGAGAAUCACUUUACUUAACAAGGAGAAAGAUGAGCUACAGCAAAUGGUAGAGACUUGUAAAGAAAGGGAAGAACAUCUGUUGAAGCUUCAGAGGCAGUCAGAGAUUUUGAAGGACAGCCUAACAAGCAAGAUUCAACAAUUAACCGAGACCCUAAAUACUGUAUCAUGUGAGAAGGACCAGUUAUUAGCUGAAAGAACUAGUCACUCUUUACAAUUUAAAGAACACAUCUCUUCAGUUAAUCGAGAAAAAGUAGAGCUACAAAAGCUUCUUCAGAAUGUCAAGUCUGAGCGGGACCAACUCCAGACUGAGUUGCAAAGAAAUUCUGAUAUGUGUCUUGAAACAAAGGCAAAACUGGAUUAUGCUUUAGAACAACUGAAGCAUAAAAACCUGAAUAAUAUGUCCACUCAGGUAAAGCCAGUGGAUAUUGCAGAGCAGGUGGCUGAUGAGAGCUUGAAAGAAAAAACCCUGAAGAUUAAGGAGCUUCUUGAGAAAUUCCCAACCAUGGGGAAGAGAUAUGAAUGUCUCUCUACAACAUCUCUUAAGCUGAAGAGUGAACUGAAUAGUCAGAAAGCACUGAUAGCUGUGAUACUGCCUCAGCUUACAUUGGAGCAGAGAAAACAAGUCAAAACACUUCAAACUAAAAAUGAGGAAAUGAACACUCGUCUCCAGAAGUUACUGACCAAAUUGAAGCUUCUGUUCAGUUCUGUUUGUAACAAGAAAAGAGAAUAUCACACUGCUAUUCACAAAUAUGAAAUGGAUUUGCUUGAGGAAAAGAGAAAACAAGAUCACCUACAAUCCCAGAUACAAUGUCUCAGGAAGAUUAAUUUGAAGCAGAAUGAAGUACCAUCUCAAGAGUUAAACAGCAGUGAAGGGCUGCAGAGUUUCCACUUGGAUGCAGAGAGCAUUCUCAAAGAUGUAUCAGAAACGGAACAAGAACUUGUCUGCAUAGAAGCAGAGUUACAGCAGGAAGAAACUGCUAGAAAAGAAACAAUACAGUUCUGGGAAGCUUGUUCAGGAACUCACUGGGAUGCAGAGGAACUGAAAGAAGAACUCGAGAAAGAUAAUGAAAGACUCUUGCAAGUCUUUAAAUUCUGGACUCCUAAAGUAAAGAUACUUCUUGAACUUUCUUCAGAGCUGGAUGCCAGAACUGCCAAUUAUAGUAAAAAUGCUGAUGUUGAAUUAAAACAGAGAAAAGAGAAAAAUCAAGAGUUGCUUCAAGAUCUAAACACUCUAAAAGAAAAACUGGCCCCUGGUGGCUCUGCCAGUCUGGCAUUAGAAGAAGAAAAUUACAGGCUUCAUAAUAAAUUAAAGGCUGCAGAACAAGAUAAAAAGGCUAUGGAAGUAAAAAUUCAGAAGUUAGAGAAUGUAAUAAAUGAAGUAGGAGAAAGUGUCAAAGAAAAAGAUGACAGGAUAAGCAAGUUACAAGCACAGAUCCGAAUAAAAACAGAGACAAGUGAGCUGACCCAACUACAUGCCAAACUGAAUGAGAUGGAUAAUUGCCUCAGGACUGCCCUAACAGAGAAGCAGAGUCUUCAGGCAAAAUUAGAUAAAGGUGCUGAGCUGUACAAAGAAGAAAUUGACCAUCUCAAAACACAGUUGGUAAAAUGUGAUCUGGAAAGAAUGAAACAAUCCAACUCCUUUGAAAUGAAACUUGCUAAUUAUAAAGCCGUUGCAGAACAUCAAGAACAACAGUUAACAAAGCUAAAAGAAGAACUGAGAAGAGCACACCAAGAGCAAGAUGUCACUGUGCUGAAAGAAGCAGAUCCUCAGCAGUCCCAAAUACCCCUUACUUGUGGUGGUGGCAGUGGUAUUGUACAGAGCACACAGAUGCUUGUUAUAAAAUCUGAACAAGCUAAGCUACAGAAAGAGAACUUGCAGCUGAAGAAACAGAAAGACCUUCUACUGAGUAAUGAACUUCAACUCAAAGAGGAACUCAGGAAAUGGAAAGAAAGGGCACUAAAAUUGAGAGAACAAUCCUCAAGAGAAACUAUUCGAGAUACAAUACCAAGGUCUCCUAAGAAGGCAGUGUCAUAUUUCUUUAAAGAGCAAAUGCCUUCACCCUCCAAAGAAACUGCUUCUCAGGAAAUAGUGACUCAGGACCUACCAAAGCCUCUGCCUCUGACCUGUCCAACAAAUUUCUUUGAUAAUUCCAACUUGGGUGUGCUAACAGAUACAAGACCUGAGGGCACAGAGGCCACAGAAGAACGUCUUAAGCACUUGUUUGGGACUUCAGACAAAGAUAAAGCCCCUGAUUGUAGCACCCAGUAAAGAUGCUCUGUCAUAAGCUGCCCUUACAGUAGCUACAGCCAGUAUCUGCAUAUACAAAAGAAAAUUGCUUCAGGUUAAAAACCAUCAGCCUCUUCUGUCUUUGCUGUCUUGGAGUUUCUACUUCUCACAACUGGGAAAGCUGGAAUAGGAGGACAAAAAUGGAAAACCAGAUGUUGCCCCACAACCUGCUAAUCUGCUGAUGUUCUACUUUGGUGUUGUGGUGUUUUUUGAUGGCAAAGAGAAACUAAUGAAUUGAAAAAAGAAUGGAAAGAUGAAUGGAUCACAAACUAACCUACUGUGAAACUUCUCAAUCUCAAACUUUUCAUUCUGUCAUUCGUAAAACAGCCCUUUUCUGGCAUGUUGAUAUUUAUAUCUUCAGAGUGCUGUUAACUUGGCAAGAAAUAUUUUUUUGUUUCUUAGCAUGUGGUUUUUAUACCAUGCUUUCUUUAAGCCAACAGAAACUGCAGUUUCACCACAGUCUUGACCUCUUUGGAUCCUGCAACCCAAGUUACUGAUCUUCUGUUUGUACAGUACACAAUCAAGGGUUCCUCUUAAAGUCCUUAAAAGUUUCUGCAGCUCAGCCAAUUAUGGUACCAUGAGUAACUUUGAAUUUUGCAUCAUUUUUCAGUAUACCUGUCUGAAGUUGUGUAUAGGGGUUUUUUUAAUUGUAAGCAAUGGACUUAACACUCUUCUGCUUCUCUAGUGAAGGGAAUACAAACCAGAUCUUUGGGAUCUUUUAUUAACCUACUUAUCUGUACUGUGAGACCUACAUUUGGUAUCUUUUAUAUAUGAAUUUUUCACUUGACAAUAAAAUUUAAUGUGUUAAAUAUGUAAAAAUGGUUUUGCUGUUCACUUGUGCUGUGAUCCAAGGAUGCUGAUUACAACAUUGUCUGUUACCAAAUC